GAACUUCUUGCAGGGUCACUGUGGUCAUACCUGCACGGGGAGGUGCGACGUGGCUAUCAGCUGGAGGAGCAGCGUUACGAGAAGCGUCGAGCGAAGUUCUAUGCCUUCUUCCGCAUCCCUCGAGAGUUGGAGCUUGUGGGCUACGGAUUCCUUCAAUGUGCAGAUGCUUUCCUGUCUGUGCUGACACUGCUGCCGGUGCGCUUUGCGCUGGCAGCUGGCCUGCUCGGGGCGCGGCUGGUAGGUCGACGACGCCUGCAGCCAGCUGAGUCAUGCGACCUGCUCAAGGGCCUUGUUCUACUGGGCACCUGGCUGUUGGCUGCCCGGGAUACGUCCAUGCUGUACCACAUCGUCAAGAGCCAGUCUGUCAUCAAGUUGUACAUCUUUUUCAACAUGCUUGAGGUGGCAGACAAGCUGUUUUCAUCCUUUGGCCAGGACAUCCUGGAUGCCCUGCUGUGGACAGCCACAGAACCAGAGCCACGGCGGGCGCGACGGCGCCUGGGGCUGUUGGCACAUUUGGCCCUAGCCCUGGCCUAUGUUUUGCUCCACUGCCUGUUAGUGAUGCUUCAGGCUACCACCCUGAGUGUCGCAAUAAACUCGCAGAACAAGGCCCUGCUGACCAUCAUGAUGUCCAACAACUUUGUGGAGCUCAAGGGCAUGGUGUUCAAGAAGUUUGCCAAGAACAACCUGUUCCAGAUGGCGUGCAGCGAUGUCCGCGAGCGGUUUCACUAUGUGGUGCUGCUGUUGGUGGUCAUUGUGCAGACCAUGCGGGAGUACAGCUGGCGGCAGGAGCAGCUCUGGAGCCUGCUGGCCGACUGCCUGCUGGUGCUGCUCGCUGAGGUGCUGGUGGAUUGGGUCAAGCACGCCUUUGUCACACGCUUCAAUGCAAUCUCUUGGCAGGUCUACCGAGAAUAUCUGACCAGCCUGGCCUAUGACCUGGCCAGUAGCAAGCUUCACACGGCAACCUCAGACCACGGGGAUCUGGUGUCGCGCCGCCUUGGCUUCACACCAUUGCCCUUGGCAGCCCUGGUGUUGCGGGUGAUGGCAUGUCCACCUUGCUCAGUGCGACUAGCUCUCCUCACCUACCUGUGUCUAUGCAGCAUCAAGGUGCUGCUGAACCUGGUGAUCCUGAGCCGUGCCUGCAGCAUCGUCGAGCAACACCGGCAGUUGUUGCAGGAAGACUCUCCAGUGAAACAGCCACGAAGGCCCAAGUCUCCAGAAUAAACACCCAUCGUCACAAACUGA